AUGGAAGAGGACCUGACGGAGGGCAAUCCCUACCGACCCGCCUCACCACUCACAGAGGACGAACGCCUCGACCUGGUGCGGCACAGUCGGAUGCUGGUGUUCAAGCAAGAGGUGGAGCAUCGCCUGCGGGCACGAUUCUUGAACACAACGGAGGCCAUGGUCGAUGAAGAGCGCGAGCAGGUUCCCCUCCACCUCGCACAGAGUCUGCCCAAGAAUGAGAAGAAGAGGACAGCUCUGUCGCCCAAGAUAGGACGACUGGGCAAGCUGCGUUCGCUGGAGCCUUUCAUGUACGCGCCGUGCGGCCAGCGGUGGCUUCCCUACGAGAUACACCACACCUCCCUCGUCCCGUCCGGCGAGGAGAUGGUGCUCCCCGCGGGGCUGCCUCCGCUGCCCCACUUCCCAACAGGACCGCCAACGUUGCAAGAGCUGGCUGGACGAACGAUAUUGAGGCGAAACCUGCCCACUGGCGACGCUGAUCACGUCCUCCUGCCCACUACGCUUCGCGACUACCUGCGCGCGGCAAAGCAGUGCUCCGUGUGCCUCGGGCCCUAUUGGGACACGGUCUACGCGACUUGGUCGCAGGGACUGACGACCGAGCCCUUCCUGGCUCUUUCCUGUUCGCCUACCUGCAUCCCGGCCGACCACGCCAGCGCCAUAGAGAGGCCACGAAGGACCGAGCGAGUGGAAAGCGAGACGUUGUAA